CUGUACUGUCUGCAGUCUCUGGUCAUCCCUGUCCUGUCCGCAGUCUCUGGUCAUCCCUGUGCUGUCUGCAGUCUCUGGUCAUCCCUGUGCUGUCUGCACAGUCUCUGGUCAUCCCUGUACUGUGUCCGCAGUCUCUGGUCAUCUCCUGUACUGUGUCCGCAGUCUCUGGUCAUCUCCUGUACUGUGUCCGCAGUCUCUGGUCAUCUCCUGUACUGUGUCCGCAGUCUCUGGUCAUCUCCUGUACUGUGUCCGCAGUCUCUGGUCAUCCCUGUGCUGUCCGCA